CUUGCUUGCUGCACUUAAACAGCUCUUUUUAAAAAAAGAAGAUUUAAAUAAGAUUUCCCAAUGGCGGCACCUGAAAUCUGACAUUAUUGGACAUUAUUGGACGCUUGAGGAGACGUUUCAUAUCCAAAGAGAAAAGAUGGGCUGCAACUGCAGUUCGGACUAUUCAGACAGUGACUGGAUCGAGAACUUGGAUGAAAUCUGCGAACACUGCAACUGUCCCAUACCGCCACAAUCAUGCAACCCAUACACAGAGCAGCUGAUUCCAUAUCCAUCGCAGAUGACACCUCCUACAUCACCUUUACCAGUCAACGUUGUGGUGGCCAUUUACAGCUAUGAGCCCACUCAUGACGGCGACCUCGGCUUCGACAAAGGAGACAAACUCAAGAUCCUCAACAAGGAUGAUCCAGAAUGGUAUCUGGCAGAGUCUCUCACCACAGGCCAGCAGGGCUACAUCCCCUACAACUUUGUCGCAUUGUCCACCGUGGAGACCGAACCGUGGUUCUUCAGGAACAUUUCGAGAAACGAAGCCAUGAGGCUGCUCCUCGCUCCUGGGAAUACGCAGGGUUCCUUCCUGAUUCGAGAGAGUGAGACCGCCAAAGGAUCAUACUCGUUAUCAGUGAGAGAUCUGGACCAUAACACAGGUGAAGGAGUGAAGCACUACAGGAUCCGCAACAUGGACAAUGGUGGCUUCUACAUCACAGCGAAGAUAUCCUUCAACUCGCUGAAGGAGCUCGUCCAUCAUCACUCACGUGAUGCAGACGGGCUGUGCACAAAGCUGGUGAAACCAUGUCAGUCUAGGGCACCGCAGAAGCCCUGGUGGCAGGACGAGUGGGAGAUUCCUCGUGAGUCUCUGAAACUGGAACGCAGGCUCGGAGCUGGGCAGUUUGGAGAAGUCUGGAUGGGUGUCUACAACAACGACAGGAAAGUGGCAAUCAAGAAUCUGAAAAUGGGCACUAUGUCAGUGGAAGCUUUCUUGGCAGAAGCCAACAUGAUGAAGAACCUGCAGCAUCCUCGCCUCGUCCGCCUCUUCGCUGUGGUUACCCAGGAGCCGAUCUACAUUGUCACCGAGUACAUGGAAAAUGGUAGCCUGGUGGAUUACCUGAAAACAACAGAGGGGAGCAAUUUGCCCAUGAACGUCCUGAUAGAGAUGUCAUCUCAGGUGGCUGACGGCAUGGCAUUUAUUGAGCAGAAAAAUUACAUUCAUCGAGAUCUGCGAGCUGCCAAUAUUCUCGUCUCUCAUGAGCUCAUCUGCAAGGUUGCCGACUUUGGACUCGCACGACUCAUAGAGGACAACGAAUACACAGCGAGAGAGGGUGCAAAGUUCCCCAUCAAAUGGACGGCCCCUGAAGCUAUUAAUUAUGGCACCUUCUCCAUAAAAUCUGAUGUGUGGUCAUUUGGGAUCCUCCUUACAGAAAUAGUGACAUAUGGACGCAUUCCUUACCCUGGUAUGUCCAACCCAGAGGUAAUCCAGAACCUGGAGCGGAGCUACAGAAUGCCACAGCCUGACAACUGCUCCGAUGCUCUUUAUAGCAUCAUGUGUCACUGCUGGAAGGAGAAUCCGGAGGAGAGACCUACGUUCGAGUACCUGAGGAAUGUUCUGGAGGAUUUCUUCACAUCCACAGAGAGGCAAUACCAGGAAUAGCUAGGAAUAGACACAUACAAUAAACAGAUUCAAACUAAGGCACAGCCUGUGACAGUGGAUGCUGGAUUUUGAUUUUUUUUCUUUAGAAGAAUGCAUGCCUUUCUACUGAUAGGGAUAAACAGACAUUUUCCAAGUUUCUGCAUCAAAUAUAUUCUGACGUGACCACUUAGAUAUGAUACUAUUACCUAUGGAACUAUGAAUAUGAACCAGCUGGAUCAGAGCCAUGCAGCAGAGGGGAGCGUGAUCGCCAAGCUGCUUGAAUUAACUGGGGACUGACUGAUGUAGCUGGAUAAGCAGCUGCUCUCCUGGUGCUUGUUGUUAACGUGUAAAUACUGUUCACUGCUUCAGCUGUGUUUUACCUCUGCUGUUUAAUAAAUGUUUUUGAAAGUGUUUUAAUUUCAGUAAAAAAAGAGAAGCUGUUCAUGAAUGUUGUUUGUUACCAGAUGACAUGUGCAUUAUUUUAGUUUAUCAUUGCUGAUGUUGCAGUGCGUUACCCUAAAAUCAUGAGAGCCGUCAAACUAUUGCUAUUGCUCGAGUACUGUAAGUUUUGGGGUAACUUCUGAAUUUUCCAUUGAUCUUGGGUUCUUUAAACUUGUACUGCAUUUCGUUUUAAAGGCAAAUAAUAUUUUUUACAAUGCUGUAUUUAUUUUAGGGGCAGCGCUACUUGCUUGUUGUAGGAUUUUAUUUACAUAACAAAGACAUUUAUAUUUGAGAAAUUUGCCUCUGAUUAAAUAUGGAGAAAGCAGCUGCAUCAUUAAAAUGCUGUUUACAACACAGUCAUUUUUUUGUUUUUUCUAUAUAUUUAUUAUUUCUUUUUAAUUUUUGUUUUCCAUUUAGUUUUCUUUUCCCGAGUGGGUUUGCUUGAGUAGGUUUACUGCUUUUAGUUUAGUUUAUACUAAUUAAAGCAUCAGUUCUAGCUCAGUUUUUCAUAAUAAUAAUAAUAAUAUAGGGAGGCUUUCCCCAAGUACUGUAAUUUUUUUCCCUAAACAAUUUAUUUUUGUAAGUUAAAUAAAACAAAAUCAAUCUGAGUUUUAGCUUUGACUUUACUUAUAGUUAAAUAUACUAAUUGCUUUGCUUUUUGACCAGACAAAAGCCAGCAUACCUGUAGUGCUGGUUCCAGUCCUGGAUAAAUCGAGAGAGUUGUAUCAGGAAGAACACAGUAAAUCUUUUGCCAAACCAAAAAUUAGAUCUUCAUACCUUUUCAGUCAGAUCCCAGUUUAACAAUGACUUCCUUUGGUGCUGUUGGGCAACAGGGUGAAGGUGGAAACUGUGCAAAGGUCGGCUGAAGACAAAUGAAAAAGAAAAGAGAAGAUGUGUUAGGCAGCAGAGAGAGAAUGAAAGGCAGGGCAGAGGUGAGAGUAUGGACUCUAAAUUUAAAGACUGACAGGUAACGGAGGAGAGCUGCUGGUACGAUGGAGAGAAGCAAUGGUGAUGGAACAGUUGACCC